AGAUGGCGACGAACUUCUCGAGCAUUCCCAUUGUCGACUACUCGCUCGCGUCGAACCCCGAGACGAAACCCCAGCUCCUCACCGCGCUGCGCAACGCGGUCACGAACGUCGGCUUCUUCUACCUCAAGAAUCACACCAUCUCCGAGGCAGAGCUCGAUGCCGUCGUAGCAUACUGCCCGCGCUUCUUCGAGCUCCCCGCCGAGGAGAAGGAGCGCAUCCGGAUGGUUCACUCGCCGCACUUCUUCGGCUACUCGCGCUUCGGUGCGGAGAUCACGAAGGGUCAGGUCGACCAGCGUGAGCAGCUCGACUUCGGGACGCAUUACGAGGAUACUUGGAAGCCUGGUGAGCCCGAGUACUUGAGGCUUUGGGGGCCGUCGCAGUGGCCUGAGGAGAGUCUACUUCCCGGAUUCCGGAAAACGUUUGAAAAUUAUAUCCAGAAGAGCCAGCAGCUGGGCAACGACCUGCUGCCUCUGGUCGCGGAGUCGCUCGGGUUGCCGCGCGACGCGUUCUCGCACUUCUUUGAGGUCAAUAACCAAGAUCGUGUCAAAAUUGUCAGGUAUCCCUCUCCGACAGAUGACUCGACCCAGGGAGUCGGACCACAUUAUGACAGCGGAUUCCUAACGCUGCUCCUGCAGGCAUCUCCACAUCGAGGCUUGCAGGUUCAGAAUGUCUUAGGUGAGUGGGUGGAUGCGCUGCCUAUCCCGGGUACUUUCGUCGUGAACCUGGGCAAGGCCAUGGAGACGGUCACCCAGGGUGUCGCCAUUGCGACUACGCAUAGGGUGAUCUCACCCGAAAAGGGGUCUACCCCACGCUAUUCGAUCCCAUUCUUUCAGAUUAUCAAGAGGGGGACUGUCAUCGGGGACGAGGUGCUUGAGAUGCCGCCUGAGACCCUGAACAUCAAAGAGACACGGGGUAAAGUUGGUUCCGACGCUGUCAACUACGCGGAGUACCACCAACUUCCUUCCGGCGAGGUCGCCUUAAUCGGGCGGGUGAAGAGUCAUCCUGACGUCGCGGAGCGGCAUUACCCUGAGCUUUUCAAGAAGUACUUCCCAGAAGGCCUGCCGUCUCAUGGUCUAGCGUACUGAGUUUCUUAGACCGCCCAUGCGUAGCACUCGCAGUGUUCAGGCAGACGUAUGUUACAUGAUAAAGUGUAUUCUUACGGUCAGGUGAAUGUCAU